AUUGACGUAGUGACAUUCCUUUCCACCCAGCGAACCUGAAACUAUCUUCUUUCAUUCUUCCCUCGCAUUAUCUCUUUAGUCUUCUCGCUAUCGCUAUGCAAAUCAAACUAAACUAAGCUAAGCUUUAAGUUAAGCUGUGCCCUUUUCUCUUUCUUUAUGAACUUAACACUUCCAUCAUCUUCUGCUUCAUCUUCAUCUUCUCCAAUCUCUAAUCCUUUUCCCAUUACACACACUCUUCCUCUCCACUGGGUCUCUUCACCUCCUCACCCUUCCUCUAUCACAACCUCAAAACCCAGUCGCCCCUUUCGCCUCCAAACCACCAACUCCACAAGCACUGACCUCUCUCUGUCUAAUCCCUCCAGUAAUUCUCCAUCUCCAUCCAAUAAUUUCAAUGAUGACCAGGCCCUCCUAACUCUCCUCCGCCAAAGGAAAACUGAAGAAGCUUGGAUUAAAUACACCCAAUCUACUCACCUUCCCAACCCCACUUGCCUUAGCCGCUUGGUCUCUCAACUCUCCUAUCAAAACUCAAUUUUAAGCCUCUCACGCGCCCAGUCCAUCGUCACGCGCCUCCGCCAUGAGCGUCUGCUGCACCGUCUGGAUGCCAACUCCCUCGGCCUUCUCGCCGUCGCCGCCGCCAAAUCUGGACACACCCUCUACGCCUCGUCCAUUAUCAAGUCCAUGCUCCGCUCCAGCUACCUUCCUCAUGUCAAGGCAUGGAGCGCCGUUGUCAGCCGCCUCGCCGCCUCCGCGGACGACGGCCCUACUGAGGCAAUCAAGCUCUUUGACUCAGUGGUUCGUCGGGUCCGCAAAUUUUCGGACCCCACAAUUGUUUCUGACUCACGGCCCGACACGGCAGCCUACAAUGCUGUGUUGAAUGCUUGUGCAAAUUUAGGUAAUACUAAAAAAUUCUUGCAAUUGUUUAAUAGGAUGAGUGAAUUUGGUUCUGAGCCUGAUGUUUUGACCUAUAAUGUUAUGAUUAAGUUGUGCGCUAGAGCUGGUAGGAAAAAUUUGCUUGUGUUUGUGUUGGAGAGAAUUCUUGAAAUGGAAAUUCCUUUGUGUAUGACUACAUUGCAUUCGCUUGUGGCGGCGUAUGUUGGGUUUGGUGAUUUAGAAAUGGCUGAGAAUAUGGUUCAAGCUAUGAGAGAAGGGAGGAGAGACUUGUGCAGGAUUCUUAGGGACUUGAAUUUCGAUGACUUGAGUGAAGAUUCAAGGGGAAAUGAAGGAGAUGAAGAUGUGUUCGAAAAGUUGCUUCCUAAUUCGAUUAGUCCGAGCAGUGAGCCACCAUUGUUGUCUAAAGUUUAUGCUCCUAACUCGAGAAUUUACACGACUCUGAUGAAGGGUUACAUGAAUGAAGGUCGUGUGUCUGACACAGUGAGAAUGUUAGAGGCAAUGAGACAGCAGGAUGAUAGUGCCAGUCAUCCUGAUCAUGUUACAUACACAACUGUUGUUUCUGCUCUUGUGAAGGCCGGGUCAAUGGACAGGGCUCGGCAAGUGCUUGCUGAAAUGACAAGAAUUAGUGUGCCUGCAAAUCGAAUUACUUAUAAUAUUCUUCUCAAGGGUUAUUGUCGACAGUUGCAGAUUGACAAAGCAAAGGAACUGCUCCGGGAGAUGUCUGAUGAUUCAGGGAUUGAGCCUGAUGUUGUUUCAUAUAAUAUUUUGAUUGAUGGAUGUAUACUGAUUGAUGAUAGUGCAGGGGCCCUUGUAUUAUUCAAUGAGAUGAGAGCAAAAGGGAUUGCUCCCACUAAGGUCAGCUAUACCACAUUGAUGAAAGCUUUUGCCUUGUCGGGUCAACCUAAACUGGCAAGGAAGGUGUUUGAUGAGAUGGUUAAAGACCCGCGAGUGAAAGUUGAUUUAGUUGCUUGGAAUAUGUUAAUCGAAGGACAUUGUAGAAUGGGAUUCAUUGAAGAAGCGAAGAGACUUGUUCAAAGAAUGAAAGAGGAUGGUUUCUACCCUAAUGUGGCAACAUACGGCAGCCUUGCAAACGGGAUUUCACUGGCUAGAAAACCAGGAGAAGCACUUUUGCUUUGGAAAGAAGUAAAAGAAAGGUGUGAGGUGAAAAAGGAAGGCAUGAAAUCAGAUUCUGAUUCACUGCCACCGUUGAAACCUGAUGAGGGACUGUUAGAUGCUCUAGCUGAUGUAUGUGUGAGGGCUGCCUUCUUUAAGAAAGCUUUAGAAAUUAUAGCAUGCAUGGAAGAGAAUGGGAUACCUCCAAAUAAAACAAAGUAUAAGAAAAUUUAUGUGGAAAUGCAUUCAAGAAUGUUUACCAGUAAGCAUGCCUCACAGGCCAGGCAGGACAGGAGAAAGGAGAGGAAGAGAGCCGCUGAGGCUUUCAAGUUUUGGUUGGGUUUACCUAAUUCUUAUUAUGGAAGUGAAUGGCGACUAGAACCUACAGAAGAAGAUGAUUACUUAGAAGAUGAUUCUGUGUAAUUCAGUACAUUACUGUAUACUACAUUACUUGAAUUUGAAAAAACAAGUUUUAAUGUA